AGGUGAUGGAAAACAGGAUAAUUUCUGGUACAGUGCAUCAAAUGGUGACAUUUAUGUAUACAGGAAGUAAAUGACAUAAUGAAAAAUCAGUUGCCUGACCGACAACAUUUGUAUACAUUUGGAAGAACUUUACCCUACAUUUCUGUCUUCUACUUAUUUAAUCUGGCCAACUAUGGUUGAGAUAUAUUUGAGAAAAAAAACUAAAUAUUUCCGAAUAGUCUAUUAAUGGUGUACAAUAAUCCCACACAAAAAGUUUUACACUCAAAAUAUUGUAUUAGUCUUUUUGAAGAGUAGCAUGAACAUCUUGGUGCACCGUGGGCAUUAUGUGCCUUUUAAUGUGAACAGGAUGGAAGUCUCUAUUGAUCGUUGCAACAGAGGGACCCAUUUUUCAGGCGACUCCAGCAGCUGCAUCAGGAGCAGCAGCAGCAGCAGCAGCAGCAGCGAAGCCCAAUUUAACCUCUGAGCAUAUCCUACAGACAGAAUCUGUGGGUGAAGCAUCACACAAAGUGUCAGAAACAUCUGUUCAAUCUGUUUGGUGCUCCAGUGUACAAUACGCCAAGAUCUCAGGGCACACAGCUCUAAAAAUGAAACAGUGACAAGUCUUUCACACUUGAUAAAAGAGGGGACAAUAAUAAUCCUGUUGAAACUGCAGAGCAUAAGAAAAAUGGAGUGAAAGGGAGCUUUGUAAACUCAAUACACACGCAUGCUACAGAAAUGUUUUUGGAUAACAGUAAAAAGACAAUUUGGGGUCCCCUCAGAAUCCACCAUCUCAUGCUCCAGACAACCCAAUGCCAGCUUGAGUCCUUUCAGGGGUGAAACACAGGCAAGAUAAACUCUCACCGGUUCAUGACAGCACUGAGGAUUUCACUGGGAUGUGAGAAGAACUGUCUUCAGGCAACAGAUGCAACAGACACACAAACUUGCCUCCAGCCAACUGCUCGCUAUUUGCCAUGGCUCCCUUAAAAGUUAUAAAUACAACUAAUUAGUCUGCCGCCUUUUUCAGGCCUGCAAGAGGUAAUGGCCUCCCCUCCACACCCAUCACCCCAUGCCCACACACCCUUCUCAUGGGAUCGGAAUGAGUGCUUAAUAAGUGCUAAAACAGACAGGAGCAGUAUAUAUAACGGCCCUCAGAGAUUUCUCCAUCUCACCACCCUUAGCUUUCCUUUAUCAUUCUUUCUCUCAUUAAGGAGUUUUUAAUUGCUGAAAUUUCAACAAGUCAACGCGGAGAGUCCAAAAGUUACUCGCUGAGUUCAGUCUUUACAAAGGGCUGGCAUUUUUUUUUUACAAUCUCAAUAGAUUUUGUCCCAUUUAAUAUUUAGAAAAUGAGCCAACAAGCUAAAACAGAGCUGUCAAACGAGGAGUCCAACAGGGGAGUGUGUUGGUACCCCCUGAGAAAAUGGUGGCAGUCCAGCAGGCUUUUCAAUCAGGAUCUUGGCCUGCCACCGUUCCUGGAGCCAGGGGACCCUCGAUGGAGGGAUGUGGACCGGCUCCAGAGGAGUCUGGCAGCCUGCUCCUGGCCAGGGUACAUUCCCCCUCCGCUGUUUGUGCCCUACAUCUCUGCGUCGAUGUAUCACUCCGGCCAGAAGAUUAGUGAGGAGCAGUACAAGUGGAGGGUCAACCUGGAAGUGGCUCACUUCUUUCCGUCAGACAUUUUUGUCAGCAUCAGCGACGGAUUCCUGGAGGUCAGAGGGAAACACGAGGAGAGGCCAGAUGAGCAUGGAUUUAUUGCCAGAUGUUUUACAAGGAAAUACAGGCUCCCCGAAGACCUUGAUGCAACCAAAAUCGUCUCCACUCUUUCUGCUGAUGGUAUCCUGACUGUAGAAGCACCGGUUUCCGAGAACUCAAUUCCUGCUGCCAUCAUCAUAAAGGUGGAGGUGGAGGCGACUGGAGAGGAACAGGAGAAAGAAGAAGCCCCUGAUACAGACCCAGGUAGCUGCAGAGCCCCAGAGGCCCCAUGUCUGCCAUCUGCAGAGGAUGACGGGGAAGAGUCUCCACUAGAGGUCCAUGGAGAUCAGGCCCACACUGGCAGCACCACAGCUGGGCUUGAAGAGAGGAGGGACCAGGAGGAGGAGACCCUUGAAAAGCCAGCUGGAGAGUCCCACCCAUCAGCGCCUGUAGAUGGCGAAGGCACAGAUCAUUUCCAAGUGUCUUCUGAGCACAAUGAAGCCCAGGAAAUCCUAGAAAUUCCAGACACAGAACACCAAGAACCAGCAGGGGAUGGAGAGAUGCAGCCAGGCUCAGGGGAGACUACUGAUGACAUCACCCACCAUGAGGAGCAAGAGCUAGGCAAGAGUCCACCGAAUGAUGCCCCAAGCCAAGAGUUGGAGGUCCCCGACAUAACACAAGAAAACUGAGUACAAACACAAGUUUUCCCCAAAUGUUGCACCAACAUACAGAAACAGCCUGCACUGCUUACCUUGCACCAGGUCAGAUGCAUUUUAGAUACAAUAUUUAAUAGCCAUAACCAUGCUUCCAUUGGAGCUCCA